AUGUAAAAUCAGGAAAAGUUUACUCAAAUCGACAAAAUAUCCAAUAACUUCUCGAAUGAUAGUAAUUCAUCCAUUUAAUACAUUAUCAAGCUAAUGAUGAAAUUUCUUAAUCUAUAAUGAAUAGUCCAUAAGUAGAUAUAAGGUAUUAGGAAGUCUUAAAGAAAAUGUAAUCAAAAAAAAUAAGAUAAUUGUAUAAUGAUUUGGGUCCUGUUUAUGAAAUAAAUGAAAAAUAUGAGAUUAGAAAUUUCGAUGAUGAAAGUUGUUAUUUUGGUGUAGUUGAAAAUGAGUAAAAAAGUGGUCCUGGAAUACUGGUAUGGUUUGAAGUAGGAAAUAUACUAGAUGGGUAAAAGUUAAUAAUUUAUAAAAAAUAGAAUUUGGGUGAAUAAUGAGUUAAAUGGAUUUAGUAGAAUGAUUUAUUCGAAUGGUGAUAUGUAAAGAGAUAAUUAAUUGAAUAGUUUUGAAUGUGAUUUUAAAUUUGGAAAGGCUAACGGGUUUGGAGUGUUCUAAAGUAAGAGUAAGGUAGUAAAAGGUAAAUAGAUAAAAUGAUGAAAGGUUUAUGGAUAAAUAAUGUACUAAAUGGAGAAGGUUAAGAAAUAAGAAAUGAUGGUUUGAAAUAUUAUGGAUAAUUUAAGGAUGGUUAGAAAAGUGGGAGAGGGAUUUUAUAUUAUAAAGAUGGGUGCAAGUAAGAAUGAGAUAAUAUUAAAAGAUAUGAAGGAGAGAUGAAUAGAAAUAAAAUAAACGGAAAGGGAACGUUUAUUUGGAAUGAUUAAAGUUAUUAUGAAGGGGAAUUUAGAAAUGGAAUAAUAGAUGGGUAUGGUGUUUAUGUUAGUGGAAAUGGAAAUAGCAUAAGCGGAUAUGUAAAUUUGAAUUGAUAUUGAGACAAUAGUUUUAGGAAGAGAGUAAGAAGGAUAGAAUUUAGAGAAUUUAAUCGAUUGAUUAGAAUGGAAUAAAAAAAGUAAUAGAGAAAAUAAGAUAAUUAUGAUUGUUUUGAAUGAAUAGAUAUGAUUAUAUAUAAAGAAU